CCCUAUCAUAUGAUCCAUCCUAUCCUAUCAAAAGGAAACACAACCUUAUUCUUAAUCAACUAAUUUAUUCAUCCAUCCUAGCACAACACAACACAACACACCAAACCAAUUAACCACUCUCACACCUUGUCCGCCGUUGAUGGAAAAUUGUCUCCGCCGCCACCACUUUACAAUCAAACCCCAGAUAGGAGGAUUCUUCACAACACCUAUAAUCUCUUCUUCUUGUUUGAAUUUUAGGUGCAGUGGCAACAGAGUAGCGUUGAAAAGGGUGAUAAAAGCAAGUGGUGGUGCUAGUCACUGUGAAUUCAGUAGUUUGAACUCUCCUUUGGAACCACGUUCCCUUGUUGGAAAAUUCCUUAGUGGUGUCUUUCAGAAUCACCGUCAGCUUUUUCAUGUUGCCGUUCAAGAAGAGCUUAAGCUAUUGUCCGAUGAUCGUCAGGCUGCUCUUUCUCGUAUGCUCCUUGCUUCCAACUCCGAUCAAGCCUUGCUUCAUAGGAGGAUUGCACAGAUAAAAGAGAAUCAAUGUGAAGUUGCUGUUGAAGAUAUCAUGUCCUUGCUGAUAUUUUACAAGUUUUCUGAAAUCAGAGUCCCUUUGGUUCCAAAGCUUUCUAGUUGUCUUUACAAUGGAAGGCUAGAGAUAUUGCCUUCUAAAGAUUGGGAAUUAGAAUCUAUUCAUUGCUUAGAAGUUUUGGAUAUGAUAAGAGAACAUGUAACUACUGUAACUGGCUUGAAAGCAAAACCGAGCGUAACUGAUACUUGGGCUACUACCAAAGUUCGAAAAUUCUUACUUGCUCGUGUAUACGUUGCUUCCAUUUUAUAUGGCUACUUUUUGAAAUCAGUUUCAUUGAGGUACCAUUUAGAAAGAAAUUUAUCUUUAGCUAACCAUGAUGUUCAUCUUGGUCAUAGGACAUCCCUCUCAUUUAAGGAUAUGUGUCCUUAUGGUUUCAAGGAUGCAAUCUUUGGUCAUUUGAGUAACAUACAAUCCAUAGGACAAGGUUUAAUAAGACAGGAAGAGGAAAUUGAAGACUUGAAGUGUUAUGUUAUGAGCUUUCACCCUGGUUCAUUGCAGAGGUGUGCCAAAUUGAGAUCUAAGGAGGCUGUGAAUUUGGUUAGGAGUUAUAGUUGUGCACUUUUUAACAAUCAAGGCUCUGAUUCCGUCGAGAACGACGACAUUAUUUUGACUUCCUUUUCUAGUUUGAAGAGACUUGUCUUGGAAGCUGUUGCUUUUGGAUCAUUCCUCUGGGAAACAGAAGAUUACAUCGAUGAUCUAUAUAAGCUUAAGGAUCAAUAAGGUAGUGUAGAGGCACAACAUGAGUAUGUUUCAAUGUUUGUUGAGCGAAUUACCCCCUUGUAGUUGUAUAUAUAGUGAGAUUUGUUUUUUUUUAGCUUUUGAGUUAUGUUGUACAGUACUAGUACACAUUUACCUUGUAUAAUGUAUAGUUUUAAUUCUUAGGCUUUGUUUGAGUUGAUAGAGAUUUUACAUAUUACAGAGUUGUAUAUGUAUCUAUAAAUGUUUUUGAGUAUUUUACAGCUUUUUUUUUUUAUGAUGUAAUUAGAGACAAGAAUUUUGUAUUUACUUA